AGAACUCAAAACAGCGCAGAGCGCAAGUUUUCAUGCGCAGUAAAUUCCUAAUUUUCCUGGUCGAUCGUGGAUUUUCAUUUAGUUUUUCAGCUGAUCACGCUUUCUGCUAGCGUAUCGCAGUCUGUCCGCGGCGUGGGUCAUGUGCGAAACUGUUGCAGCGUUGUGAAAUCGCUGAGUGAUUGUGUUGUGUAGUUGUUUAGAUAGUGCCAGUGAAAAUGUUUUCAGGGCUUACGAAUCAGGUUACUUCGUGGAUGGGGGCUGCGAAAGGCGAGCCUCAAGAUGAGGAAGUGCCUACCCCCACUAAAGAAGCAACGGGGGAAACCGCAGCGGAAGGUGAAAAACAGAGCCCAACUAAAGGUGGUAGUAAGCUGGACCUUAUUACCAAUGUAAAGUCACAGAUGACCGGUUGGCUCGGCUCUGGCAUUCCCAUCCCUGGGCUCAGGAAAAAUGAGGCUCCGCCGGCCGAAGCUGAGCCAGCUCCCGCGGAACCCGAGCCAGCCGAACCUAAACCAGAGAAGGACGAUGACGAUAACUCUAGCGCCACUGGUGGAGCGGAUAGCAGGCCUGCGUCCACUGGCGGCACGCCCACCGAGGAUCAACCAGCCGGCGUAGGCAAUGGUCAACACAGUAAAAAAUUGUCCAUUGUUGAUGCUAUCGAAGUACCUGAUAUGGAAGAGCUGACUACCAAAGCUGUGGCCGGUGCUAAGUCUUUGGGUAACUUCUUGUACUCAGCGGUGAAUAAGGCCGGGGCGAAGGUCAGCGAAGCCAGCGCCAAGAUCAAGAAGACAGUAGAGGAGAAUAGCAUUCUCGGCGAGUUCAACCGAGAGCAAGACGCGUUUAUCAAGGGUCAAGAAGGGCGCGGGGGUGGCGCAGCAGUGGCUCCCUGGGUCGGCGCCCCCAACGAACCUGCCUUAAAGGAAGAGUGCCUGUCUCUAUCUACUGACCGAAGGAACUUCGUGCGUGCGCCACCUGCUGGUGUAGAGUUUGAGUUCGACUACGACAAAAUGUAUCCGGUCGCCGUCGCCAUCAUGGCUGAAGAUCCAAAUCUCGAGAAGAUGCGCUUCGAGCUAGUGCCAAAAGUUAUCACGGAAGAGAACUUCUGGAGGAACUACUUUUACCGCCUGUCGCUGAUCUGUCAGGCCAACGAGGCGGACGCCGCCGCAGCCAGUCGCCAGCCCAGCGCUGACGACUCACAGGAUGAUAAAUCUGCAAGUGACAGUCUAAUCACAAAUGAGAAAUCCUCUCAGGAGUCAAUUGAUGACGUCAAGAAACGGAUUAAAUCCCUAAAAGUGGAUAGGGAGAACGAUGAUGAGCAAUGGGAAAAGGAGCUGGAGGCAGAACUCAACGAGUACGAGGUGGUCGCUGGACAGCAACACGACCCGCGCUGGGACCAGGACUGCGACCGGCUGCUCGCCGAACAACUCGACCUCAAGUAACCGCACCAGUACAUUGGUUAAAUUGAAAGUUAAUACAAUUCCUAUGUUUCCAGACAACACGAGAAAUAUUCCAAACCAAAUUACCGUACAUGGAACUUGAUGCUCUCUUUCUUUAUCACCCAACACUUUUGAUGGAUCCACUGCUGGGUGUGAUGUGUCUGUAUUUGUAUGACUUGGACCAGUGUUAUAUCCGUUUUAAUAUCUAUUUAUCUGUUUAUUUAUGGAUUAAAUUUUUAUGAAAGAGCCGCGUAUAUUGAGAACCUGUAAUUUUACAAAUAGAAUGCUUUUAAUGACUUUUAUUAUAAUAAUUAUUACGCGAUCCACCAGUCGGUCAACAUUUUUUGGGAGCCCUAAUGGGUUAUUCUCCACUGUAUUAGAUAUUUAAUUUUAUUUUCCAUUGCAAUUACUUGACUUGCAUUGGAAUAACUGUGUAUUACCGAUAUUUAUAGCUAUCUUUUCUCUAAGCCAUGUCAGAGGUGGGUCCCAAAAAUGUGAAGUUUUGUUAAACGAGUCUUACCCUAAUCAAGAACAAGAACAAGAACGAUUCAUUAUUACUAUAAUAAUCCAAGUUCUUGUAUUAUUAUAGUAAUAAUGAAUCGUGAUGAGUCCUUAUUUCGAAGCACGGAAUAAGUAAGCAAACUCAGUUCUUUUCUUUUUUUUAAGUGAUCCAUCGAUCGAUCCUUUUAUUUGAAAGAGCAUCAUUUUCCUUCAUUUAUUGAUUAACAGUCAAGAUUACGCUAGGAGGCGUAAUCAAUUGGAGGAAUUUGACAUAUUGUGGUAACUUGAUGUGCAUGCUAUUUUGAAUAUUCUCAUUUGAAAGAUGUUCUAUAUCUUUAACUUGCAUAAAUCUGUAACAAGGGGUCUUUGGUGGAUACUUUUGAAAUUAUAUAGAAUCAAGUGUUAAUCGUAUGUGAUCUUGGUUCGUUUACACUUGAUUUCCUGAAAAUUAAAUAAACAUCAUUAACUUGUCUUGUCAAAUACCUUUUAUAAUUUGAAGAUGAAAAAACUUUCAAAUUAAGCUCAAUUUUACUUGGAUGUGAAUGUUAGUGUAUUCGCUUUAAUUGAUUAUAAUAUAAUAUUUUUUGUAGCUUGAUGUAAAUACUUAUGCUCUUUGGCCUAAUUAUAUUUCAAUCUUCCUAUAAUUCUUGAAUAUUCUUACAUAAAAGGGUCGUUAAGGAAUUCCAUAAUAAACAUUAUGGAUCUAGAUGUAAACAAAUGGUAUACAUUUAAACUGCCCGUUGGUUGCUAAAUUACAAUGGAGGAAUAGUUUGAAACCUCAAUAUCAAUGUUAUUGUCAUGAUCAUUCUAAUGGUGUAAGUAAAAUUAUAAAUUAUUACAUUUGUAUAGUGUUACAAUAUUAGUAGUAUAACAUUCCUGUAAAAUAUUAUGUGUGUUAAAUAUAUGCGUUUGUCUU